CAAAUCCACAUGAUAAAAAACCCCAAAACAAAAACAUCACACCUUUUCAAAAAGCUCACCGGCAUCUCUCUCUCUCUCUUUGAAUACACGCCAAAACCCUUCAAUCUCUACCACAAAUUCAAGCAUCCUAAUCAGAAUUUCACCCAAAAUUCACCUAAAUUUCCCCAAUUCUAUCGAAAUCCCUAAUUCAAUUGCACCCGAAAUCCACUUUACGAAUUCAAUUAACCAGAAAUCCAGUUUUCCAUUCAAUUAACCCUAAACAUGAUCGGUUCCGAUGACCCCAAAUCAUCAUCUUCCUCAAUCUUCAACCGAUCGUACACUAUUCACUCUACACCCACCGAUUCCACAAAACCUAACCCUAAUUCUUCACUACAACGCUCCGAUUCCGUCAAGAACUUCCCCGAUUCAAUCAAAGGCAAAGUCAAGAGCCUAUGCAGCAUAUUCGAAGCUCGUAGGGCACCAAAAUCCAAAACGCAAACGAAAUUGAAACCAGAAAAGUCAAUUUCAUCAAACGGACCGUCUGCAAUUCGAUUAGCUGGAACAGAGGAUCGUGUGGUGAUCUACUUCACGAGCUUACGUGGAAUCCGAAGAACGUACGAAGAUUGUUACGCAGUAAGAAUGAUUUUGAAGUUCUUUAGGGUUUAUAUCGACGAACGAGAUGUUUCAAUGGACUCUGCGUAUAGAAAUGAGUUGUUAAACGUGUUGCGUGUGAAGCAAGUUACCUUGCCUCAGGUGUUUAUCAAGGGGGAGUAUGUUGGUGGUGCUGACGUCAUCAGGCAGUUACAUGAGACUGGCCAGCUGGCGAAGGUGUUGACCGGGGUUCGGGUUAGGUCAACCGGGGCGUGGCAGGUGUGUGACGCGUGUGGGGAUGUUAGGUUCAUGCCGUGCGCGAAUUGUAGUGGGAGUAAGAAGGUGUUAGAUGAAGAUGAAGAUCGGUUGGUGAGGUGUCCUGACUGUAACGAAAACGGGCUGGUUCGUUGCCCUCUAUGUUCUUCGUCUUGAAUCUGAUUGGUUGAUUUUAAGCGAUUAAUCGGUUAUGGUUAAUUUUAAUAUGCAUAUGAUUUAUAAGUUUAAGAAUUGGAACCAGGGAUUGGAGCUCUGCGUUUCCUGCGUAUAAUGUUGGUUCGUUAUGUUCAACUUUGUUGAAAUGUAUAGUUGGUAGUUCGGAUAAUGUAUAUUCGAUAACGCGUGUUGUAAUAUGUUGCACUGGUAUGUAUGUAGGUGCACUCUCUACCUAGGAGAGAUGUGUUGAGUUGGUUAUUGAAUCAUGGCUAAUGAUUUAAUGUAAUGAUGCACUUUGAAAUUAAGUUAAGGUUACUGUUUUAGUGUAUGUAUUGUAGCCACUAAGUUUGGAUAAGUAUGUAAUAGUUAGUGUUAUAUCAAGUGAGGGUCUAUAACUUUACAUAAUUGAGAUUUGUUUGAUUACAA